AAACGGUUCUUAUAUCUCUUAUUUAAAAAACAAUUAUUAGAUUUUUUUAGUUAAAAUCUAAGAAAAACUAAGAACGUCUCUUAACCGAAACUAAGAACCCCAGUUAAAAGACUGGGGUUAAUCAUGGUCUUAAUAGUGUGGUUUUAGCAGCUUUGGAAGGUCAACUUGGUUGCCGUGUUGGUUUCCUUUCCAGACUGUUGUUUUUAGUAGGGUUUUUAAAUCUUUUCUGCUACUUGUUUUUCAUGAAAUUUUUGGUAAAAAAUGAUAUAAAAUUUAACAUUUUACCAAAAUAAAAUAAUUUCUAAAUGUUUAAUAAAAUAGCGACUACUAUUGUUGCAUCAGUAGUUUUUGAAAACAAAAAUGGAACGAGAACAUACACCAUGCAACAUUACCAAAAGUGGAGGGAAGAACAAAUUCCAUGGAACGUUACCGAAUGCAGAGUGAAGAACAUAUUCCAUGCAAUGUGUUUCUUUCAUCAACCGGUCCGGUUAUUUUCAAACCGGUGGAGAAUCAAUCAAGUUUUAAACAAAUUAUUAUCAUACCCGAAUAUUUCGAUUACCGGGAGAUCUGGGCUAUCCUCUCUCUUGUCGGGACAUCGCAUGAAGAAGUUGAGUUACGCGUUGACUUUAAUACUUCACUCACACUGGCUAGUGACAAGAGAUCAAUGACUAUCGACGAUCAAUCACACUUGAAGAAAGAGGCAGAAAAUAGUACGAAUCCUAAGAUCAAUCGGUACUGGAUUCAACGUUACGAUCUGUUCUCGAGGUAUGACGAAGGUAUCCAAAUAGAUGAAGAAGGAUGGUACUCUGUGACUCAUGAAGAGAUCGCCAUCAAACACGCAGAGAGGUGCCGUGGAAAAGUGGUGAUUGAUUGCUUCGCAGGCGUUGGUGGUAACACUAUUCAAUUUGCUAAAGUUUCUUCUUCUGUAAUCGCUAUCGACAUUGAUCCAAUGAAAGUUAAAAUGGCUAUGAACAAUGCAAAUGUUUAUGGAGUUGCUAAUCAUGUGGAUUUUGUCGUUGGUGAUUUCUUCAGUUUAGCUCCAUCUCUCAAAGGAGAUGUAUCGUUUCUUGCGCCACCAUGGGGAGGACCAAAUUAUUGCAAAGUCGAGAGUUUCAAGAUGGAUAUGCUUCAGCCAAGAGACGGGUACUCAUUGUUUAAGAUUGUUCAGUCCAUUACUCCGAAUAUCAUCAUGUAUCUACCGAAAAAUGUUGAUUUAGCACAGUUGGAAGAACUGGCUUCCCUCUCGUCACCUCCCCUAACUCUUGAGAUAGAAGAAAGUUGUAUUGGAGGCAAAAUGAUAGCCAUAACGGCUUAUUUUAGUCGCAAUGCGGCUUAGCUGAGAAAUUUGAACUAUACUGCAUCAAAAAGGAACUAUCUUUUCUGUAGCAGGGGAUAGAGGAAUGGACUCCUGAAGGAGUUAAUACAAUUUCUUGAAGAGAAUUUUUAAAAUAAAUAGUUAUGAUUAUAGUUCCAAGGAUACAGAAUUCUCAUUUCAUCUUUCCACUUUAUGCAGGAUUCUAUCACAUGGAUAUUUGAUACAAAUUGAAUGCAUCAUUCGUAGAAAAUAAAGAAUUCACUCUCCUUUCUCCGUUAGUUUAUUCGGUUAGACUCCGUUGAUAUCAACUGUAAGAAAGUCGAGCACUGAUGAGUGAUGACAAAAUUUAUGGUACAAACAAACAAACAACCCCAUUCGAAAAGUUCAAAAGCCCUAGCCGCUCCCUUGCAGGCAACCUAAUCUCAAUCUUGUUUUCACCGGUAUCCGGCCGCUGUGUCGGUGCCGGUGUGACCUCUUUCUCUUUACUUUUGUGUAUUGCUUUGGUUUUUCUCUCGAGACUCUUCUCCAUCUCAUGUCGACGUGUUUGCUUGCUCUGUUGUCUCGGCGACGACGUCUCUGUUCGGAAUGGCGGCGUUCGAAGGGCAGGUAGUGGAGUAACGACAAGACAUGCGUGAAGGCGUUGGCAGCUACAGAUCUUUGUCUUUUUUGCUCACUGGAUUUGGAGUGUGUAGAUCCAUCCGGCUUUCGUUCUCGUUGGUUGGUUUGGAUCAAUAACCAGUACUUGCUUCAAGGGCCUUGUUGAUUUGUUUACUAUCGAAUCACCUCUCGGUCGUGGAUUUGGCGAGUAAGAGAAGCUUUGUUCUUCGGUUCUCGUGUCGGAGAUCUAAUAGUGGUGGCGCGGUAUUAGGGUGGAGCCAUCCCAGCAUCAUCGUUUGGGCUGUGUCCCUCUCGUUGAUGGGUCAAAAUCUUUUGCAGGUAUCAGUGUGGUAGAGAAGUCUCGUCUGUCAUUUGCUUUGUUUGUGUGGCUCUUGGAAUCAGAGAUAGGGGAGACAUGACAUCCGUUCUUCCAAGUCGUUAGUUUCAACGUUCCUCGCCGUUUGAUUCAUUUUAUUGGAAGUUAAGAAUGCUCUGUUGAAAUAGAGUCCUACUUAAAUUUGUCCUUGGUACACAAUAUUUGGUCCACUUAAUACACUAUUUAUUCCAAUGGAUUAAUUCUCUGUUCAAAUAAAAUCCUCCGCUUAAUAGGCUAA